AUGCCAAUAUCAUCAUCACGCAAAAGCCUCUUUUCCAGCUGCCCAGUUUCAACUUUCAUUUACCUCGUCACCUCAUCAUCUGUCACCGUGGCUUCCCAACACUCCUCCGAAGAGGAGCCAGAGUACCUCCCAUACCCCGCAACCAAGCUUAUCAUCGGCCAGUACUACAUCUGCUCGCGCGAUCCUCCGCACUGGGGCUGGCUCAUCGUCGGGACCUUUUACGACCCGGACAACAACCCCGUCUGGAGCACCGAAAUCUUUGCCUUUCAGCGCGACACACGCGGCGACCAGACAGAUUCGCAAUCAGUCUCCUCGUCUGACUCGGGCUCAUCCGCAGAACAAGAGUUGACUGCCCGGUUCUCCAACAGCCUCCGUUUCAACACUUCCGCUUCAACUCACAACCACCGCCUCUGGGACCCAACCCUCGCAGGACCUGUCCCCGGCCACUGGAUCACACAAUACGACCCCCGCAUCAACAACUGGGUAAACACCUGGCAACCGCACCACCACCCCUUCUAA